AUGACACAACGGAUUCACCGGUGGAACAUCACCCACCGGCUCGAGAAGCGCUCGCUGCUGAUUGCAAUCAACGCCGUGGCUGGCCUGUCCAUCUUCUUCUUCGGCUAUGACCAGGGUAUGAUGGGAGGUGUGAACAACGCCAAACACUACAUCGAACUCAUGGGCUUUGGGCAUACAGAGGCCGUCAACGGAUCGAAGAACAGUCCCGUCAUCACCGACAGCUUGCUGCAGGGAGGAAUCGUGUCUGUGUAUUACCUCGGUACCUUGGUGGGCGCACUUGCUGGUGGAAUGGUGGGCGAUCGGAUAGGGCGCAUCAGGUCCAUUGCCUUGGGCGCCGUCUGGGGAGUCAUUGGAGCGGCUCUGCAGUGCUCUGCGCAAAACCACGUUUGGAUGAUUGUCGUGUGGGCGACGGAGACGGCAGAGCAUAAGUCUCGCGGUCAGUUCAUUGCAAUCGAGUUCACUCUCAAUAUCUUCGGCGUUGUCGUGGCCUACUGGCUUGAAUUUGGCCUUGCAUUCGUUGAUGAUGGCGCGACUGCUUUCCGCUGGCGUUUCCCAAUUGCCUUCCAGAUUCUACCUCUUCUUCUGCUAUUUGGCAUUGUCUGGCUCUUUCCCGAGUCUCCCAGAUGGUUAGUCAAGACAGGCCGUGAUGAAGAGGCCCGCUACAUCUUGAGUAGACUCCGUGGCAGUGAAACGGAAGAGGAUAUCGCACGUGCCAAUGCAGAGUUUAACGAUAUCAAGCAAGUUGCCGCACUUGAGGAGACAUACAGCACCUCUUACUUGUCGAUGUUUACCGGCCGUGGGUCAGGAAAACUGCAUAUUGGACGGCGCGUUCAUCUAGUUGUCUGGUUGCAGAUCAUGCAGGAAUGGGUUGGUAUUGCUGGAGUUACCAUCUAUGCUCCUACCAUCUUCAGGAUUGCGGGUUUCGACGACAUAAAGAGUCAGUGGAUCAGUGGUUUAAACAAUAUAUUCUACAUGUUUGCAACGUUAAUCUGCGUCUUCACGCUUGACCGGAUCGGCCGCCGCUGGACUCUGUACUGGGGCUCAGUCGGCCAGGGAAUCGCCAUGUUCCUUGCUGGCGGGUUCUCCCGCGUAGGUCUGGAUGCUACCGCAGCUGGAGACGAGGCCAAAGCCGCUUCGUACGGUGCCGCAGCAGCAUCAAUGAUCUUCAUAUUCACCUCCGUGUUCGGCGCCACCUGGCUUACCGUUCCAUGGCUGUAUCCUGCAGAGAUCUUCCCACUUGCGGUCCGAGCCAGAGGAAACGCAUGGGGUGUAGUAGGCUGGAGUGUCGGCAACGGAUGGCUAACUCUGCUUUGCCCUGUGAUGUUCGACGCAAUUGGGGAGAAGACGCUGUAUAUCUUUGCAAUCAGCAACGCCAUAACGAUCCCCAUGGUAUGGGCGCUGUAUCCAGAGUCCAACCAGCGUACACUGGAGGACAUGGAUCUUCUUUUUGCUGCCAACACGCCCUGGACGUGGGAUGCUGAGCGCACCUUUGCUGAGCUCAAGGCUCAGAAUAUGCCUCCUGAGAUUAAGCCAUCUGUAUAG